UACAGUAGGUGGCGGUAUGCACCUUUACAGUUGGUUUGCAACCCCGCGAGUAAAUCCACAAGAGAACAAGAAAGAGCUCGCGUGUUUUGUUUGCGUAUCCUCGGUGUUUUUCUCUAUUGAGUGUUUUAUUGAGUGUAAACAAAGAAAAUUUAGUCUUGUCUCUGUGUAUUUUAGUGUUGAUGAUGAGAUGGAUGUGAUUGACGGGAGUCGGGAUUCAGUGUGGAUGAGCAAAGAUCAGAGCCGCACACCACAACCACUGCUGGACUCUGAACUCUCUGAAGAGAAAUCCGGACACACACAGGACUCCGAGCUCAGUCUGACUUUACUCUGUUAUACUGAGUCAAAGCACACAGACGCUCAGGACACUACAGUGUGUGACAGUAAUCAGGACUUACAGGAUGAUGAAUCUACUGAUCAAACCUCCACAGAGUCUCUGGAUUCUGUCUGUAACGCUGGAGAACAGCAGCAGAUCCUGCAGACCAAACUCAACAUGUGUUCAGUCAAACUCAUCGACUGCAGGAACCUCGUGAUGAAGAUGAGAAGAGAAACCACCACAGGAGAAGAUCACACUGAGGAAGAAGAGGAUUUUAUUUCGUCAGAUUUGAGAAGUGAUUCGUGUUCAGGUGGAGAAAUAACGUCCUCAACAUCAAAAAAGCGACGGACCGCACAACCUCUUUCCUGCAUCACCUGUGGAAAGACAUUCAGCUCACAUGGACAUUUAAAGAGACAUGAGAGAAAACACACAGAACAUGAACUCUUCAACUGCAAGAGAUGUAAGAUCAGCUUUACUACCUUACAAGAAAAGGAACUUCAUUCACAAGAACACAGAGAGAAGAAGAUAAAGUUUGAGUGUCAGCAGUGUGGAAAGGUUUGUCUCAUCUUAUCUCAGUUGAAACGCCACAUGAGGACACACAUUGAUGAAAAGUCUUUCCACUGCACUGAAUGUGGCAAAUAUUUCAGCACCGAAGGAUAUCUCGAUGCUCAUAAGAAAAUUCACACAGAAGGAAAACCAUACGAGUGUCCUCACUGUGAGAAGAAAUUUGGCAAAAAAGCCCAUCUGAAGAGACAUGCGCUUAUACACACCAAUGAGAAACCGUAUCAGUGCAGGGAAUGUGACAAAGUCUUUAGGGAUUCAGAUUCAUUAAAAUCGCACCAGAAAAUUCACUCUGAAGAGAAACACUAUUAUUGUUUACACUGUGAUAAACGUUUCAGUCUUAAAUCUAGUCUUAUAGUCCAUGAGAGACUUCACACUGGAGAGAAACCUUAUUGCUGUACUGUUUGUGGGAAGAGUUUUCGUCACAGUGGUACUUUAUUGUCACACCAGAAAGUUCAUACAGGUGAAAAACCUUACAAAUGCUCUCAUUGUGAGAAGACGUUUGCUCAUUCAGCUUCCUUAAAAGCCCAUCAAAGACUUCACACUGGAGAGAAACCUUAUUGCUGCUCUCAUUGUGGAAAGAGCUUCUCUGAUCCAUCUAGUUUUAGAGUUCAUCAAAGAGUUCACACUGGAGAGAAACCUCAUCACUGUGAUCUUUGUGGGAAGAGUUUCAGUCGACAUGACAGUUUAUUGUCACACCAGAAAGUUCAUACAGGUGUAAAACCUUACAAAUGCUCUCAGUGUGAGAAGACGUUUGCUCAGUCAUAUUCCUUAAAAAUCCAUGAGAGAGUUCACACUGGAGAGAAACCUUACGUCUGCUCGAUCUGUGGAAAGAGCUUCUCUCAAUCAUGUUAUUUUAAACUUCACCAGAGAAUUCACACUGGAGAGAAACCUCAUCACUGUGAUGUUUGUGGGAAGAGUUUUAAUGUACAAAAGAGUUUAGUGUUGCACCAGAGAACUCAUACAGGUGAAAAACCUUACAAAUGUUCUCAUUGUGACAAGACAUUUGCUCAUUCAUCUUCCGUAAAAUCCCAUGAGAGGGUUCACACCGGAGAGAAACCUUACGUCUGCUCGAUCUGUGGAGAGAAAUUUGGUUAUGCCAUAAGUCUUCAGAAUCAUCAGAAGAAACAUACUGAAGAACAGACUACACUGAAAAAAAUUGUAGUGUCUUUCUUGUCUCCGUGUAUUUUAAUGUUAAUGAUGAGAGAUGAGAUGGAUGUGAUGUGCUGUAAAUCAGGAACUGAUCAGGACUUACAGGAUGAGGAAUCUACUGAUCAAACCUCCACAGAGUCUCUGGAUUCUGUCUGUAACGCUGGAGAACAGCAGCAGAUCCUGCAGACCAAACUCAAGAUGUGUUCAGUCAAACUCAUCGACUUCAGGAACCUCAUGAUGAAGAUCAAAACUGAACCCACAGAAAUAAAAACUGAAACCACAGAAAUAAAAACGGAACCUACAGAAAUAAAAACUGAACCUACAGAAAUAAAAACUGAACCCACAGAAAUGAAAGCAAGACCUACAGAAUAUGAAGACAAUCCUAAUGAUGGUCAUCAUGAUUUUAGUCUAACAGAUAUGAGGAGUGAAUUAUAUUUGAAUGGAGAAAUAACGUCCUUGACAUCAGCACAAACUCAAGAGAAGAAGCAGUUUCACUGUCAGCAGUGUGGAAAAAAUUGUGACUUCUUAUCUCAGCUGAUAUCUCACAUGAGGACACACAGUGAUGAAAAGCCUUUCCACUGCACUGAAUGUGGCAAAAACUUCAGCACCAAAGAAAAUCUUGAGCUUCAUCAGAAAAUUCACACAGGAGAAAAACCAUACGAGUGUCCUCACUGUGAGAAGAGAUUUUCCUAUGCAUACAGUUUAAAGUCACAUGUGUGUUUACACACUAAUAAGAAACCGUAUCAGUGCAGUGAAUUUGGAAAAAACUUUAGGGAUUCAUUCUCUUUAAAAUCACACCAAACAUUACACACUGGAGAGAGACCCUAUCAAUGUUCACAUUGUGAUAAAGUUUUCGCUCAAAAAUCUCAGCUGGUAUGUCAUGAGAGAGUUCACACUGGACAGAAACCUUACGUCUGCUCUCACUGUGGUAAAAGCUUCUCUAGGCCAUCUACAUUAACUGUUCAUGAGAAAAUUCACACUGGAGAGAAACCUCAUCACUGUAAUGUCUGUGGGAGGAGUUUCAGUCAAUAUUACAGUUUAGUGGCACACCAGAGAACUCAUACAGGUGAAAAACCUUACAAAUGCUCUCAGUGUGAGAUGACGUUUGCUCAGUCAGGUUCCUUAAAAAGCCAUGAGAGACUUCAUACUGGUGAGAAACCUUACCAAUGCAGUGUUUGUGGGAAGGGUUGUAGACAUCGGAUCACUUUAGUGAGACACCAGAGAACUCAUACAGGUGAAAAACCUUACAAAUGCUCUGAGUGUGACAAGACAUUUAAUCAUCCGAGUUCCUUAAAAGCCCAUCAGAGAGUUCACACUGGAGAGAAACCUCAUCGCUGUGAUGUUUGUGGGAUGAGUUUCAUUCAACAUUACAAUUUAGUGUCACAUCAGAGAGUUCACACUGGAGAGAAACCUUAUAUCUGCUCGAUCUGUGGAGAGGGAUUUGCUCAUUUUAGAAGUCUUCACAAUCAUCAGAAGAAACAUACUGAAGAACAAACUACACUGAAAUCAUCAUAGUGUCUCAAUGAUAGAAAGUCAGUCAAACCCAGCUGCUUUAGAUCAUGGGUUCUUCAGCGAUAUAUUUUUCAUUAACAGAAUCCUCCUUUUAAAGACUACAAAGUACGAUCGGUUUGGACUACAGCUCUUUAGUUCCCGGUUAAAUGCUCAUCUAUGUUUAUUUUUACCGUUGGAAGCAUACAUGCUUAUAAAGGAAUGUGACAGAUAUUUUUGACCUGACACAAGGAGUUCUAGUGGGCUAAUCACUGCACGUGCGAUCCGUGGGAAAUGGACGCUUUGUCACAUUUUUGGCGAUGUGUGUAUGUCAGGCCAUGCAGAGCUCCUGAAAGCCUACGGCGUAGAACUUAAGCACGACUAUAAAUAACAUCACAUUGAGUUUUCAUGUGGUUUAGUGUUGGAGUGAUGCCAGUGAUUUCUGAUGAUAUUUCUGUUUUCUUGAAAUUGAAGCAUUUGUAUUAAGAGAUUAAAGGUUUGGAUUUGAUUCCCUAAAAAACACACGCACGCACACACACUUUUUACUGUUUGCCCUGAGGGGUUGCUUCUGGAUUUUAUAACUUGGUUAAGAGCAGCACCUGGUGGAUAACGGAAAUAUGGAUGGCCGUAAAAACUCGUCAUUUGCAAGGAAAGAGUUAAAUGCAGUGUAAGUUACUAUGGAUAAAAACAUCUGCCCAAUACAUUAUGUUCGAUUUGAUAGAUCUGAGCAGAAAAAUUAAUUUGUGUUUUAUUUCAUUUAUUAUCAAUUGUAUCCCUCAUUUAUAUGAUAAUUUUAUCAUUCUCUUAUUUGUAUUAUUCUUUUUAUAUUGCAUAAAUUAUAUUCAAUGUUGUCCUUAAUUCUGACUUGAUUCUCCAAUGGUCUCCAUCUCAAUACAGCAGUUAUUUUUUGUCCAAAGUUUUUAAGAACUACAAAUUAACAAAUUGUUGUGAGAAUGCUGCAUCUCAUUUACAUUAUUGAUGGAAAAGAAACUUGAUGAGGAAACCAAUUAAUUAGACAACGAUCUUUACUAUUAUGUACCAAACACUACAGAAUUGCACUAACUUUACAAUACAAAUGUGUUUUAUACAUAUAAAGUAAUGCAACUAAGGAAAAACUAGCAAGCAAAAAGUCAAGGGUCGAGAGUCCAACUAAAACAAACACUGAUCCCCAUAAUUGUGACUUUAAAUGAAUCAAAUCAUCAACAUCUAAAUCUUAUAAGUGAAUUGUGUUUUCUACAGUAAUAUAUUUAGAUAAAAAAUGUUUUAUAACAGUUUUUAUUAAUAAUAAAAUGCAAAGUUUCUCUAUCAUCAAUCAAACAACUCAAUAUAAUAAACA